GGUGCAGCUAUAAGAAGGGGCCUGAGGUGAAAAGCCCCCAGCUGGUGAAACUGAGCGUCUUCUUCUCCUGUCGUCUUUUGAUGUUUUGGAAGUAGUAGGCGGCGCUCUCUACUUUUAUUGUUAGACACAGCUCUCGAUCGAGGUCUGGGGAAACGCUUGUACCGUCAGUCAUGGCUGCGAAGAACGUCCUACGCCGGGCGAUUCUAUAUGUCCCUGGCUCGUCCCAGAGAUUCCUCGACAAGUCCCGGUCCUUGACGGCCGACUGCGUCGCGUACGACCUCGAAGACAGCGUGACUCCCGGCCUCAAAGCCGAAGCACGCACCGCCGUCCGUCGAAGCCUGGACCAAAACUUGCCCGGGGGGAUCAAAGAGCGCGCCGUGAGGAUCAACAGUGUAGGGUCGGGCCUGGCGCUGGCCGAUCUACAAGAGGUGGUGAAGUCGAAGAACCUGACGACGUUGGUGGUGCCCAAGGUCGAAGGGCCGGGGGAUCUGACGUUCAUACGUGAUGUGCUGGAACACAGUCGCGCCGAGCAGAAGAGGUCGGGUCAGGGCCAGCAAGAGGAGGGCGCGGACAGCACGAACAACGUCAGCGUGCUCGCUUUGAUCGAGAGCGCAAAGAGUCUACUGAGUUUGAACGACAUCUGCCGCGCCGCACCGGGCCUGUUGCAGGGCCUCGUGUUCGCGGCCGAGGACUACGCCCUGGACAUGAGCAUCACGCGGACGCCGGACCUGACCGAGUUUCUGUACGCGAGGCAGGCCAUCGCCACGGCGGCGCGGGCCUACAACCUUCCCAGCACCAUCGACUUGGUGACCACGAGUUUCAAGUCCGAGGCCGACCACGAGUUGCUGAGGGCGGAAGCCGAACAAGGGAAAGGGAUGGGUUACAAUGGGAAACAGUGCAUCCACCCGAGCCAGGUCGACACGGUGCAGGGGAUCUUCAGUCCCAGUGAGCGCGAGGUCGAGUGGGCCGUCAGGAUCGUGAUCGCUCAGAAACGAGCCGAGGAACUUGGGAAGGGGGCGUGGGCGAUGGACGGAAAAAUGAUCGACGCUCCCGUGGAAGGCAAGGCGAGGGCCAUAGUGGCAAAGGCAGGGUUAUGUGGUUUCGACGUCGACAGCCUCAGGGAAAAGUGGAAGGAUCAGCAGCCGGAAUGAGGGAUGGAAAAGGGAAAAUAGAUCAUAAAAUCAAAAAUCCAAUAUUGAUGAAAAGCUGAAAGAGAGGAAAAGGCAC